AUGGAGAGUUCUAAUAACAAUCUUGCCGAUGAAAGGAUUAUACUGAACGUGGGUGGUGUAAAACCAGUAGUUGUCCAUGUACUUAAAGGGACACUUUGUCGUCGUCAGUAUGAAACUUAUCGGUCGACGUUGACCGCCUACCCGAAUACGCUUCUCGGAAUAAUGUUUCAAAAGAGAAACAACGAACUACUUCGACCCACCAAUGGAAAUGAAUUCUUUUUUGACAGAGAUGGACAGAUUUUUCGAUAUAUAAUGCAAUUCUACCGUACCGGUGAAUUUCUUUGGCCCGAACAAAGCACACGGCCUAAAUACGAACUACAGUUACCACACCCGUUCAAACAUCAACAAGAAGUUCAAUUAAAGCACACGAUUGAAAUCUCGAAUUAUGAAUUAAAACGAGAAUUGGAUUAUUUUCAAAUUCCGGAACAAUACACGCAACGAUCACACGAUCCACCACCUUUCCCGUUCGCGAAAGCUGCUGCGUUUCGCGUUGAUGAAUUUAUCGCGGCAUUAAAAGACGCGAUAUAUGAAAUGAUUAUUAACUUUCGCACUAAAGUUGGCAUUACAUUUAAUUCGGAUAAAACAACGCCAGUCGUAAAUCCAAAAAUCGAUGCGGUAGCAAAUAUAGUUAUACCCUUCGCGUUCACUGGUUAUCAUAUUCUUCACAUGUUUCAUAGACAAAUAGAAGAACAUCUUAAACUCUUAUAUCCUGAUCUUGUAGUUCGCAUCGAUAAAUUUAAUGGUGAUACUCCACGCGCGCAUGUUAAUGUCUAUAUCACAUUGAACAAUAAUCUAGAACCUUCAAUAAUCUUGGAAAAUUCUUGUCUCAUAAAACCUUCCUCCCCUCCUGAUAAUACGACAAAUCAAAGAAAAAUUCAAGAGGAUAAAGCAUGA